AUGUCACUUACAAAUGGCCUACAAACAGCGCCACCGCCGCCUUUCUUAAACUAUGAGGGACAACCACAGGAAGUGCCAGACAGUCAAGGCACGGCCUUGCCUGCGCUAGAGCAGUUUCCGCCUUUGCCGACUCCCUGUACGCGAUUGGAAGUAGACCUUUACCGCCUGUUGCGAUGCUGCGAGCGCAUCGCACGGAGCCAAUCAGCAGCCGAGCUGCAACGAGAUUUCAAGUUCCACAACUACGUCGCGUAUCUCCGCGAGCUCUUCGCGCAAUUGCAGCAGGAGUCAAGAGCGGACUCAGCAGGCCGGUCUGCAAGCCUCCCUGUUUCGGCAGCAGCGCAAGCCCAGACAGCAAGGGCGGAGGCGUACCUGCAGCGAAUCACCUUGCUGGCUGACUUGCUGGAGGAGCACGUGCUGCCUGACAUGUGGCACAUGCCAGACAGCCUGCCUCUUCAGGACGACUGCCAGCUGGACGCCUUGGUACCUCAACAUCCCAACCUGUCUUCAACCUUCAGAGGAAUCAAGCCUGCUCAAUCUCAACCACAGCAGCAGCAGCAGCAGCAGCAAGGAGGAACUGAUGCAGGUGCCUCAUGGGGCUGUGCACCAUCAUCUGCAGCUUUUGAGGGUCGGCAAGGCAGGGAGGCGUUGGGCCUUCGAUCACGCCGCCGCCUGUUGAGGGAUCGGCGUGGGCCGUCGUCAAGGGAUCGCCAAUCAGGUUCUUCUCUCCCUGGAUCCUCCCUGGACGACGCAUCAAGAGCAAUCAUUACAACCCAUAAGAAUCUUCAGGAGGAGCUGUCGGAUCAGAUGUUGACGCUGGCAGGGCAGAUGAAGGCCAACUCGCUCGCCAUGGAGCAGAAAGUCAAAAGCUCCAAUAAGAAGCCGCCACGUGGUGCUGGUCAGGAAGCAUUAACAUUUAUCGACCAGCUAUUUAUCGAACAGCAUCACGCUUGUCCGUUGACCAUGGCAGGCGGCGUCGCGCAUCCGUACUAUCCGCGUGACAUCGUGUUGCCGGACUACGUGCCUCCAGCGUGGAGCACGGCGGAGCUCUUCGGCGUUUUCGGGGUGGCCGUCGGGCUGAUCUUCACGCUCUCAUGGCUCUUCGCUCGCUCAUGUCGCCAUCUGUCAGCAUCGGAGCGGUUCACGUUUAGCUGGUGGGCCGUGACGGGCGCCAUUCACAUGCUCAUGGAGGGAGCAUUUGUCGCCUUCCCCGCCCUCAUCAGCAGCACCAGCAAGGCGUUCCUCCUCGAUGCCUGGAAGGAGUAUGCCAUAUCGGAUUCACGAUAUGCCACUCGUGACACCUGCAUCGUCUCUCUCGAGGCAGUCACUGCCUUCAUCGAAGGCCCUGCCUGCAUCCUCAUUCUGUACGCCAUGGCGGCCAGGAAGCCCUUUAGCAAUCUGCUGCAGUUCACUGUGUCUCUCGGGCAGCUGUACGGAGCAGCUGUGUACUUCGCCACGAGCUACUUGGAAGGCUUUCCACACUCGGACCCUCAUCCGAUCUACUUCUGGGGCUACUUUGUUGGCAUGAACGCCAUCUGGAUUUUGGUGCCGUUUCUCAUUCUCUGGCGCUGCUGGGCGCGCAUCAUUUUAGCGGAGGCCUCGAUACAAGCUCCAGACUCCUCUUACAUUGCCACGUCAGCUUCCUCUUCCUCCGCUACAGUCACCUCCGGUAGUAGUCGCACUGCUGCAUCCGCCUCUUUGCUGCUCGUGGCGCUUUACGGCCUCUCCGAGUCGCUCGCGAUGUCUUUAUUUUCCGUUCCCAUAGGAACGUGGGUGGAUCUCUGCCCGCGUUUACCGCUAGCUGCUUUCGCGAUCUCCGCUCAAAACGCCGCUCUGUUUCUCGCCGCGAUUGCCGUCGCCGCUCUCCUCUACCUCGCCGACUAUCUCGCCGCACCCGCCGCCGCGAGUCCCGCUGGGUCCGAGCUAUUCGCAUGGGUGGCUGGAGCAGCCGAAACGGGAGCUGACGUGGCGCUGGUGGCGGCGGUUUGCGUGCUGGGCGCCGCGGCUGCUCUCGCCGGAUUGGCGCGCGGGAUCGCGGUGGAGCGUGAUUGGGCCGUGGUGAUUGCGGAUUGGGUUUGCGAGCAGGAAGGUGCUGCGAAUGGGGGAAGCGGGCGGCAGGGGGAAUGGGAGGACAGGGGACAAGACGAAGGGGAGAGAGAGGGAAUAGUGGAGGUGGGGUUGGCUUGUAACGAAUCAGCGCGGCAUGGGAAACAGGAGGGGAGAGAGGAGAGGGGAAGAGAGGAGGGGCAGAGAGAGGAGGGCGGGAAACACCAAUUUCAGACGCACGUUGGGGGCAAGAGCGGCUUGAGCGAAGCAGGGGAGCGGGAGGUGGCAGAUGCUAGUCACAGGGACAAGGCAGUGCAUGCAGAGGAGCUUCUAAGUGGGCAGCAACAGUGGCAGCAGGAGGGGCAGUUGGAGGGGCAGCUGGAGGGACAGAAAGAGGAGGAGGAGCAGCAGGGGUGUGAGCAGAGGGAGCGUGUGCGAGCACGGCUCAACUCCACCCUGCGCACCAUCGACCUGCUCUGCCGCCUGCUCGCGCCUGCCCUCACUGGCGCCCUCAUGGCCGCCGCUUCCGCCUCCUCUGCCUCCGCCUCCACCUCCUCUGCCUCCGCCUCUUCCCCUUCCCCCGCCUCAUCCCCGCGCCCUGAGCUGCUGCCCGUGUCUCUGCCGCUCGCCAUGGCCGUGUGGGUCCUCGUGGCCGCUGCUGCAGAGCUGCUGCUGCUGGCGCUCGUCCACUCGCAGGUGCCCGCACUGGGGGAGAGGCGGAAGGGGAGAGGCGGAGAGGAGGAGAUGGGGAAGGUCGACAGGGCUGGUGAGGAGGAGAGGGAAGGUGAGGGAGGGGAGGAGGAAGCGGAGGAAGACGAGGAGGAAGAAGAGGGAGAAGAGGAAGAGGAGGGGGGCUCGGCAAGCGGCGCCGCAGCUGUCACCGGCGUGCUCGGAGCAACCUUCUUCCCGAGCCUCUGCGCCAGGCUCGGACCGAGCCGGACCGCCGAGGCCUCCGUGUGGUCCCAGCUGGCGUGCCUCCUGCCAUGUGUCGUCGCAGGAUGGGUUCUCCAGUCAUCAGGGCCGAUCCCUGCAGUGCUGCUGAUGGCAGGAGUGGUGUUCUCCCGAGCUCCUCUCUGGGUGUUUGAUCUGUCUGUGCUGCAGAUGGUGCAGGGGGCGGUGGUGGAGGAGGAGAGAGGCGCGGUGGGGGGAGUGCAGGAGUCGUUGCAGCAGGGAAUGCAGCUUGUGGUGUUGGUGCUAAUUUCUGGGUGCUGA